GUAGCCAUGGGUGUAGCAAGGGUCCCCAAACUACUGAUAUCCCAUGUCCAUUCAGGGGACUCCAGUCCUUGCCUUUUUCCCUGAGUUAGCUCAUGCCAUCCUGACAUAAGACAAGGACAAAGAAACAGAGCUGGGGUGUCAGGAGGCAUGAGCUUCCUGCUCUGACCUCACAUUAGCACCUGUGAGUCCAGGCUAGCCCCUUUGUUUCUCAGGCCACUCUGCAGCCAAGGACGCUAUGUUUUUUAAGAUUGAACUUAGCUACAACAGAACAUAUCCCCAAAUAUAUGCCUUUCUCUGACUAGAUGUACCAGGAUACAUGGUAUUCUCAAGGCUUUUACAAGCCUUCAGUGUCUAGACUCGGAAGCUUCUGCUAGGAGGAGGCAUAAAUAUUGAGAUAGCUUUUGGCCUGGGCUCUUUUCUACUUGACUCUGGUCAUAGUUCUUCAGCUACAAGUUGAGAAGACAGAUACUACCACUUGCAGGUAUGUAUCCCAAACAUAGAGCCCAGAAAAGGCCAGGUUAUUUAUUCAGGGCUCCAGGUCAUUUUUUGUACAAGGGGUCUGUGUGCUUAGACUGUCUGGAAGGUAGCUGCAGCAUUGCCAAGUAAGGGAGACUGCCGUCCUGGGGUGGAGGAGGUGCCCCUGGGUCUGGUGGAAAGUUUCCCACAGAGGGAACUGGGGACAUCUACUCUUGGGCCUCUGAACUUGGUGGAUGUGGAAUCUAGAACUUCUGAAAUUUCCUGCUGUUCUUGGCUGACUGUUCUGCCUGUGUCCAACUUGCCUGUAGGGGCUGCUGUGUGCUGAUGGCUCUGUCAGAAAGUGACCCACUGCUUCUGUUCUUGUUUUAGGCAAUGAGUAUAUCUUUGAGACAGGUACCGGUGCUCUGUCUCACUGUCAUGUCAGUGUCUGUGCCCUGAGGAGAAGGCAGCAAGACCCAUAAGCAUUUGCUAUCCCUGGUCAUCUAGACAUGGCCUUGCCAUUAUGCCGGCUUUUCACUCUCAGUCGCUUGCCCAUUCACUCUCCCUCACAGCAGACCUGUGGAAGGCUUCCCUUAAGCAUCUGCAGAAGCUACAGGAAAGCCAUGGGAGCUUAUGCCUGGCCCAGCCUGGCUCCAGGCACCCACUCAAGCCCAUGCUUUACCAGCUUUUCUUCUUGUCUUUUCUGUCUCUGCUGCGUUCUUUUUUUCUCUUAAACCACAAAUGUUUUAUGUUUUAGUUUGUUGUGUGUUUUAUUUAAUUUUUCUUAUUUUUAAAAGUAAUUACAUUAAGUUCUUUUUAUUUCAUGCUCCAAAUUUUAAGGUUUUUCUAAUUUCUUAAUUUUUGUUUGUUUUUUGUUUUGUUUUUUGUUUUUAUAUACUAUAGUGUUUUAACCAAACAGUUGUGGCUACUCAUGGUGAGGAAUGAUCGCUAAGAGUGUGGGUUCUUUGCAAUACAUUUGGAGGUCACUGCUCCCCGUUGAUGUUUAGGAGGUUGAGAGGUUUGCCCUAGUGUCCAAAUGAUGAGAUGUCUGAGUCAGGCCAGUCCUCAGCAGCUGCUACUCCCAGUACCACAGGUACCAAGUCCAACACACCCACGUCCUCCGUGCCCUCAGCAGCAGUUACACCACUCAAUGAGAGCCUACAGCCCCUGGGGGAUUAUGGCAGUGUCACAAAGAACAACAAGAGGGCUCGAGAGAAGCGCAACAGCCGCAACAUGGAGGUCCAGGUCACCCAGGAGAUGCGGAACGUCAGCAUCGGUAUGGGCAGCAGUGACGAAUGGUCUGAUGUUCAAGACAUUAUCGACUCUACCCCAGAGCUGGAUGUCUGUCCGGAAACCCGUCUGGACCGCACAGGAAGCAGCAGCCCAACCCAGGGAAUUGUAAACAAAGCUUUUGGCAUCAACACUGACUCCCUGUAUCAUGAACUAUCUACAGCAGGAUCUGAGGUCAUCGGUGAUGUGGAUGAGGGAGCUGACCUCCUAGGGGAGUUCUCAGUGCGCGAUGAUUUUUUUGGAAUGGGCAAAGAAGUGGGGAACCUGCUGCUGGAGAACUCGCAGCUUCUAGAGACAAAAAAUGCUUUGAAUGUGGUGAAGAAUGACCUCAUUGCCAAGGUUGACCAACUGUCGGGAGAGCAGGAAGUGCUGAAGGGUGAGCUGGAAGCCGCCAAACAAGCCAAAGUCAAACUGGAAAACCGAAUCAAAGAACUUGAAGAAGAGCUGAAAAGAGUCAAGUCAGAGGCAGUAAUCGCACGCCGUGAGCCCAGAGAAGAGGUGGAGGAUGUAAGCAGCUAUCUCUGUACAGAAUUGGACAAAAUCCCUAUGGCCCAGCGCCGACGCUUCACAAGGGUAGAAAUGGCCCGAGUGCUCAUGGAACGGAACCAAUAUAAAGAACGACUAAUGGAGCUGCAGGAGGCUGUGCGGUGGACUGAAAUGAUCAGAGCAUCCAGGGAACACCCAUCUGUCCAAGAAAAGAAGAAGUCCACUAUCUGGCAGUUCUUCAGCCGCCUCUUCAGCUCAUCAUCCAGCCCCCCUCCAGCCAAACGGUCCUACCCGUCUGUGAACAUUCACUACAAGUCACCUACAGCAGCCGGCUUCAGCCAGCGUCGCAGCCAUGCCAUGUGCCAGAUCUCAGCCGGCAGCCGACCCCUGGAGUUCUUCCCUGAUGAUGACUGCACUUCUUCUGCCCGGCGGGAACAGAAGCGGGAACAAUAUCGCCAGGUUCGUGAACACGUGCGCAAUGAUGACGGAAGGCUGCAGGCCUGUGGGUGGAGCCUGCCUGCCAAGUACAAGCAGCUGAGCCCCAAUGGAGGCCAGGAAGACAACCGUAUGAAAAAUGUGCCUGUCCCUGUGUAUUGCCGCCCUCUGGUAGAGAAGGACCCCACAAUGAAGCUUUGGUGUGCUGCUGGUGUCAACCUGAGUGGGUGGAAGCCAAACGAAGAGGACUCUAGCAGUGGAGCCAAGCCCACACCAGGUAGAGAUCCUCUGACCUGUGACCGGGAAGUUGAAGGCGAGCCCAAGAGCAGCCACCCAUCUCCUGAGAAAAAGAAGGCAAAGGAGGUCCCUGAGGCGGAUGCUACCUCCAGUCGGGUAUGGAUACUCACCAGCACCCUGACCACCAGCAAAGUGGUGAUCAUUGAUGCCAACCAACCAGGCACUGUCGUGGAUCAAUUCACAGUUUGCAAUGCCCACGUCCUAUGUGUCUCCAGCAUCCCUGCGGCCAGCGACAGUGACUAUCCCCCUGGGGAGAUGUUCCUAGACAGUGAUGUGAACCCCGAAGACUCAGGUGCUGAUGGUGUGCUGGCUGGCAUCACUCUGGUGGGGUGUGCUACGCGCUGCAAUGUACCACGUAGCAACUGUUCCUCCCGAGGAGACACUCCAGUACUGGACAAGGGGCAGGGGGAUGUGGCAGCCACCGCCAAUGGGAAAGUAAACCCAUCCCAAUCCACAGAAGAAGCCACAGAAGCCACAGAGGUGCCAGACCCUGGUCCUGGCGAGCCAGAAGCAACCACAGUUCGGCCCGGGCCACUCACAGAGCAUGUCUUCACUGACCUGGCACCUACCCCACCCUCCAGCACCCAGCCUGCCAGUGAAAGUGGGCCAGAGCCCAGUGGCAGCAUUGUACAGCCUCAGGUGGAGCCCAGUGGGGAGCCCUCUGCAACCACCAGCAGUGCUGCACCCACCAUGUGGCUAGGAGCCCAGAAUGGCUGGCUCUACGUGCAUUCAGCAGUAGCCAACUGGAAGAAGUGUCUGCACUCCAUCAAGCUAAAAGACUCUGUGCUGAGCCUGGUGCAUGUCAAAGGCCGAGUGCUGGUAGCUCUUGCAGAUGGGACCCUGGCUAUCUUCCAUCGUGGCGAAGAUGGCCAGUGGGACCUGAGCAACUAUCACCUGAUGGACCUGGGCCACCCACACCACUCCAUCCGUUGCAUGGCCGUUGUAGACGACCGAGUCUGGUGUGGCUACAAGAACAAGGUGCAUGUCAUCCAGCCCAAGACAAUGCAGAUCGAGAAAUCAUUUGAUGCCCAUCCAAGGCGGGAAAGCCAGGUGCGACAGCUUGCCUGGAUCGGUGAUGGAGUAUGGGUUUCUAUUCGCUUGGAUUCCACCCUUCGACUCUACCAUGCUCACACCCACCAGCACCUGCAGGAUGUGGACAUCGAGCCAUAUGUUAGCAAGAUGCUGGGUACCGGCAAGCUGGGCUUCUCCUUCGUCCGCAUCACAGCCCUACUCAUUGCGGGCAACCGUCUGUGGGUGGGCACUGGCAAUGGGGUUGUCAUCUCCAUCCCCCUGACUGAGACUGUGGUCCUGCAUCGAGGCCAGCUUUUGGGGCUCCGAGCCAACAAGACAUCUCCAACAUCUGGGGAGGGGACCCGCCCAGGGGGUGUCAUCCAUGUGUAUGGGGACGACAGCAGUGACAAGGCAGCCAGCAGCUUCAUCCCCUACUGCUCCAUGGCUCAAGCUCAACUCUGCUUCCAUGGACACCGUGACGCUGUCAAAUUUUUUGUCUCUGUGCCAGGAAAUGUACUUGCCACUCUGAAUGGCAGUGUGCUAGACAGCCCAUCAGAGGGUCCUGGGCCUGCUGCGCCUGCCGCAGAUUCUGAGGGCCAGAAGCUGAAGAAUGCGCUGGUGCUGAGUGGUGGUGAAGGUUACAUUGACUUCCGCAUUGGGGACGGCGAGGAUGAUGAAACAGAGGAAGUUGCUGGGGAUGUGAACCAGGUGAAGCCCGUGUUGUCCAAGGCUGAGCGCAGCCACAUCAUCGUGUGGCAGGUUUCCUACACCCCUGAGUGAACCUGCCCUGCCUGAUGCCAACUGUACAUAGGACCCUACCUGCCUGCCCUCCCGCCUGUUCCCUGGGGCAGUCAGGUUCGUCCAUCCCCUUUUAACCUCUCAACUUGCAGCUUUUGCCUGAGGUCCAGCCCCCAGCUGUUAGAGAGGGGUGAAGCAAGUUUGGGGAGUGAGACAGGAGGAGGAGAGCCUCUGGGACACCCUCUCUCCAGCAGCUCCUGGCCCUGGCCAACACCCAGCCCCAGUGAAGUCCCAGGGGCCCCUCAGGGCAAGUCAGGACCAAGAUUGCUAUGGGCAGCCACCACAGGUGGCCCUGGCAGGAGCCGCAGCCGCAUACUGCCGAGUCUUCCCCAAGUCUACUUGCUUUGCAUGCAGCCCUGAGGGACCCAGGCCUAGCCACUGUCCUCUGCCCAGAAGCAAGGCUAGAACUGUCUGGAUUCCGGGACCUCAGCCAGCCAUCUCUGGAAUUUUCCCUAUCUCCAAACUUACAUUCCCUUGGCCCCAGCCUGGGUCUUACCUAGGAACCUGGCAUGAAAGCUCAGGGCCAUCCUCCCUGGGCAGCUGCUUCAAAAGAUGACAAAUACCCAUUAACCCAAGGGAUCCCAAGAUUGUCCAGCCCCUCAUAGAUCAGUGUCCCCUAGGCUCUUCAUGGGCACAAGAUUAACCUUGGAGGAGCAAGACCCUAGUGCCCUCCCCCUCCCAGAAGCCCCAAGGGUAGAAUUUCUCAGGCUGCCAGGGCAGGCACAGGCCUCAGGAAGAAGGAUGGCCCUGGUGUCCCCAGAGUCAGUCCUAGGAUGCAGGCUCGGCCUCAGGUUAAUGGAGGAUGGUGUGCUCCCAGGGCCUGCCUCCUGCACAGGGCUCGAAAGAGCCCAGCUUGCGGACACGUACUAAGUGCCUAGGGCUGCCAGCUGUGGCCUGCUCCCUUGGAGAGCAACUAACAGGCUGCCAGGCAGAGAGGCCAGAAGAGCUGAGGACUGGCCAGGAUGGGCAGAGUUAUAAGCAAGUGUGUGGAGGCAGGUGCUGCCCUGGCCCUGGUCUUACUCUUCCAGGGGCAUUGAUCAGAGUCAGCUGGCCUCUACUGCCCUCUCACCACCAGAGAAGCACAGAUCCAGGGGCAUUGCCCCUGAGCCCAUCUGGCCACAACAAGCUGCAGCAUUGUGCAGCUGCAGGCUUCUCCCCACCAUCCUGCCACCUCUCCACUGUGAUGUAUGUCCCUUGUCUGUUCCCACAGGAGUGUGAAGUGACUGGGGUUAGCUGGGUGGGUGCAGCUGGAGGAAGGGGCCAGUGCAACUCUCCUCAGGCUUUGGCCUUGCAAGUGAACUCACAUAUCUGCUCUGUAUGUAAUAAAUGUCUUAACAGUA